ACAACGCGUCACCCGGCCCGUCCGCGGAAUUUGUGUGUGUCAACGUGAACAGGAAAUUUCUUCUUCUUUGCCUUCUCUUUCGCGUCCCAAGACCUAGACCGCCAUUUCUCUAUUUUUAUAUUAAAAGAGAGACGGGAUACCUAGCUUGAGAGGUACAAAUUACAUCUCGAAGGUCCUGCUAUCCGUCCUUGAUCCGGAGCUCCGUUUACGUUCACACAGAUUGACAUUGGAAGCUAUAAAGAAGCUAUGGCUGCGAGCAAUGGAGGAACCGGGCGGGAGUUGAAUCAAGAUAAUCCAUCGUUCAUGCUUGAAGCUCCAGGCAAGCUCAAGUACGAAGACAGGCCCAUCCCGGAGCUUGCAGAAGAGCAUGAUGUGAUCAUCGAGCCCAAAUGGACUGGAAUCUGUGGUAGCGAUGUCCACUACUGGGUCCACGGCGCGAUUGGAAGCUUUGUGGUCGAAUCACCCAUGGUCCUAGGCCACGAGUCCGCCGGAGUAGUCACCAAGAUCGGAUCGAAAGUGUCGACACUCAAGGUCGGCGAUCGCGUGGCCAUGGAACCUGGCGUGCCCUGUCGGAGAUGCGCGCGCUGCAAAGAGGGCUACUACAAUCUCUGCCUCGACAUGAAGUUUGCCGCGACUCCGCCCUAUCACGGAACAUUGGCGCGAUACUACGUCCUGCCGGAAGACUUCUGCUACAAACUCCCCGAGAACAUGAGCAUGGAAGAGGGCGCGCUGGUCGAGCCGUCGGCGGUGGCGGUACAUAUCUGUCGACAGGCAAGCAUCAAGCCUGGACAAUCGGUUGUGAUCUUUGGCGCUGGACCAGUUGGUUUGCUCUGCUGCGGCGUUGCCAAAGCGUUUGGUGCGACCAAGAUCAUCACCGUGGACAUCAACCAGGAGAGGCUGCAGUUUGCACUCCGAUAUGCCGCUACACACUCGUUUGUCAGCCAGAGAGUAAGCGCAGAAGAGAACGCGGCGAGGAUGAUCAAGGAGUGCGAGCUCGGCGUAGGAGCCGACGUCGCGAUUGACGCGACUGGAGCCGAGCCGUGUAUCCAGACGGGCAUGCAAUGCCUCAGAACCGGGGGCACCUACGUGCAGGGCGGCAUGGGCAAAUCCGACAUGACUCUCCCGAUCAUGGUGCUCGCGCAACGAGAGAUCAACUUCAAGGGCAGCUUCCGGUACAGCAGCGGCGACUACAAGCUCGCGACAGAUCUGAUUGCCAGCGGCAAGCUCGACGCAAAGGCACUGAUAACGGGCAAGGUCAAGUUCACCGAGGCGGAACAGGCGUUUGCGGACGUCAAGGCGGGCAAGGGCAUCAAGAUGCUGAUUGAAGGACCGGAAUAAUAAUAAAAUGGAUGAUCCCCAAGAAGAGGGCCAGGAAGGAAGUUGGGGUGACGGGGUGCAGUUUACAAACCUAUGAUUGCCAAGUCGUCGGAGCGGGUUCCAUUCCGCAAAGGGAUAAAGGUCGGCUUAUUCGGGAAGGGCAUAUCGACUUGGAUAAGUCGGCAGGCAGACACUGCUUGGAUUUGUAGUAAUAUAGAGAGAGAUAGGUACGCUUAGCAAGCACGAUAUGAAACAUUAGCGAGCAGGCUUAGGAAACCGACGGCCAAGAAAAUUAAGAAACGAAACGAAGCUUAUGCAUGGGACGAAGAAAACAUGUACGAUGCAUGUAGGUAGG